CGCUCGAUUUCGUUUUCCUGCUCGCGCCUCGGCCGUUGCUGAACGAUUGACGGGGGCGGCAGGAGUUUUGUUGUUAAGCCUUUCCGGUCGUGAGGUGACGCUCUACGUUUCCUCAGCAGCUCGUACCUACCUUGUUGAAAGCCAAAGUAGAAGAGCAAACUUUUCAAAGGCAGCAUGAAUCACUAAGCAGUGAGACUAUAACAAAGUGUACGGACAACUUUACUCACAAAACUAUUCAAAGUUGAAUAUUAAUUUCUCAGUUUAAUCACCAUGACCAAGGAGGAAUCUUACAGGGAAGAAUUUAGUUAUGACAGAAUGCCAACCUUGGAGCGUGGAAAACAAGAGAAUGGAAAUUAUGUUCCAGAUAUUAAAUCAAGCGACCUUCAACUAUCAAAGAGGUUUCAUCCAUGUUUUAGUUAUAAAACAUGGAUAUAUUCUUUGCUGAUGGGGACUUGCAUCCUUGUUACCUCUGGAUUUUCACUUUAUUUGGGGAAUGUUUUUCCAUCUGAAAUGGAUUACUUGCGCUGUGCAGCAGGUUCAUGUAUUCCCUCAGCAGCUGUGAGUUUUGCCAUAGCCCGAAACAAAGUUAAUGUGAUACCCAAUUUCCAGAUGCUGUUUGUUUCUACAUUUGCUAUUACAACAACAUGUUUAGUUUGGUUUGGAUGCAAACUUGUCUUGAACCCUACAGCAGUAAAUAUAAAUUUCAACUUGAUUCUCCUCAUUCUACUGGAAAUUUUCAUGGCAACUACUGUAAUAAUUUCAGCAAGGUUUAACGAGGAGUGCUGCAGGAGGAAGAAAACGACAAUGUAUGAUAGUGCGAUCACAUUGAAUAAUGUCAGCUUUCCAGCACGGAUCCUAAAAUCCUAUUCAGUAAUUGAAGUGAUUAUUGGAAUUUCUGCUGUGUUUGGUGGAAUAAUAGCUUUGAAUAUGGAUGUGCUAGUCUCAGGUCCAUAUCUUUCAGUAACUUUCUUUUGGAUUUUAGUGGCUUGUUUUCCCAGUGCCAUUGCAAGUCAUGUUGCCGCUGAAUAUCCAAGCAAAUGCUUGGUAGAAGUCCUGAUUGCCAUAAGCAGUGUUACAUCUCCAUUAUUAUUCACAGCUUCAGGAUACUUGUCCUUCAGUAUCAUGCGAAUUGUUGACAUCUUUAAAAACUAUCCACCAACAGUUAAACAGUCUUACGACGUGCUCCUCCUGCUUCUAAUGCUGAUGCUGUUAAUUCAAGCUUUCCUGACUACUGGCACUGUCAUAUUGUGUGUAAGCUUCAAGGCAAAAAUGAAGAUGCGGGACUCAGUGUGGGCUGUGCCACAGAUGAACAAACAAGAGUACAAAACAACAGAGGUUUCCAAUAACAGCAUGAAGGAUUUCGACAAAGAGAAGGCUUGGAAAGCUGUUGUAGUGCAAAUGGCCCAGUAAUCUGGAUUUAGGAAACUGAAGCAGGAAAAUUGCUGGAAUAAGGGCCUUUGCAUUUGCAAGUGUU